AUGCCUUUUCAAUUCACGCACCCCGCUCCCCUCACACAGCGUCCGGGGUGCGAGUGCGCCCUGCCAUCCAGCCAGCAAAUCACCAGCUCCAGAACCAUCGCAAGCACCAAACCUCUAAGACAAAGACCAGGUCUUUUAGGUGGGGAAACCAAAGCCGCUACGCAAUCCCUCGUAUUAAGAGGAAACGCCAGAAAGCAGACACCCGUCACGCCGCAACGCAUGAACGGCUUAAACGCUCGUGCAACAUCUCAGUCUGAUGGACGCAUGAUUCAACUCCACAGGCAGACCUUUUUCGACGGCUCUUGUGAUGGGACCCAUGAUCCAAGCCACAGGGGGUUACCCUCAUGGUGGUAA